ACAAGUGUCCCAUACUGAACACUCAUGCAGUAUCGAGUAUAUCCAUACACACACACACACACACACACACACACACACACACACACUCCAAUACGAAUAUGGACUGGACUUUAGCCCCUUGACACGGGAUGAUUCAUGGAGGAUGAAAGUUAAGUCCUGAAUAGUUGAUGAGCUGAGAGAAAAAGAGAAGAAAUGAAAAGACUGGAUGCAGAAAUAGAGAGGGAGGGAUGGACGGAGAGAGAAAGCGAGAGACAGGAUGGAGGGAGGCUGGGCAUCAUCCUCCCGCCUCGCCUCCGUGCAGCUUCAUUAAGGCAGGGCUCUUGCACGGAAAAGCACCUAGUGACCAUGAGAGGAGGUCAGGGCUGCUAGAAGAAGAGGGCAAAGCCUGUCACAGAAGAAGAACAAGAACAAGAAGUAGAGGCUGAGAAGGGAUGGUGCGAUGAAGAGAUCGAGCCAUGCCACAGCGGCCAUGGAGAGACUGAAGGAGCCGGCGGUGGCCGUGGGGGGAUGCUCCAGGGCCACCUGUGGGUGGAGAGCUCUCCUCCUGCCGCAGCAAAACCGCCAGUCGCUGUACAUGUACGGCAGCGAGGUGGCGGUGGAGAAGGAGUGCAUACGCCAGCUGCAGAGCGGCGUCUUUGUCAUCCACCCCUUCAGCCUACUGAGGAGCUACUACAUCAUGGGCAUGAUGGCCAUCACUUUCCUCAACCUAAUUGGCAUCCCCAUGGAGAUAGCGUUCCUGGACAGGACCAGCGGGCUGGCAUGGGAAGGCUUUAAUGUCUUCUCCGACACGCUCUUCCUGAUUGAUGUGGCCUUGAAUUUCCGCAUGGGCAUCAUAACAGAGGACGGCGAGGAAGCUAUUCUGGACAUCAAGCAGAUCCGAGUGAGCUACCUGAGGACGUGGUUCAUUCCGGAUGUUAUUGCCGCCUUCCCUAUUGGCUACAUACUGCUGUUUGCGGACUUACACUACCACAAUGACGACAACCCCUCCAAGACCACCAAGAUGAUGAGGAUCCUCAUGUUUGUACGCAUCCUCAGCCUGAUCCGACUGGCCCGGGUGUCCAGGCUGGUCCGUUUCUUCAACGAAGUGGAGAAAGUAUCCAACGCAAACUUGGAGGUGGUGCGUCUCUUCUUCCGCAUCCUGUCUCUGUUCAUGAUGAUAUUCCUGCUGUGUCACUGGAACGGUUGCAUCCAGUACUUUGUCCCCAUGCUGGAGGAGUUCCCGACUGACUGCUGGGUCCGCAAGGAAAACCUGAUGAAUGCCACAGUCAUUGUGAAGUACUCUUGGGGAGUUUUCCGGGCUCUUUCCCAGAUGAUCGCGCUCUCCUACGGAUCCAUGGACGCACCCACAAAUUACGUGGAAAUGUGGAUCGUCAUGGUCAGCAUGGUGUCCGGCUGCCUGAUGUACACCGUGCUGGUGGCCAACACCACCGCCAUGAUCGCCAACACUGACCCCGCCUCCAAGGAGUACAAGAGCAAGAUGAGUCGCCUGGAGCACUACAUGGCCUUCAUGAAGCUCCCUCCAGAGCUGCAGCUGCGCAUCACUAACUACUACCAGGCGCGCUACGGAGGCAAAUGGUUUGACGAGAAGGAAGUCAUGCACACCGUGUCGUCGGCGCUGAAAGAGCAAAUCCUGACAGUGAUGUGCAGCCGCCUGCUGAGGAACAUGCCGCUGUUCCGGAGUCAGGACGAGAACUUCCUCAGCACAGUCAUUCAGAAGCUGGAGUACGAGGUGUACCAGGAGGGCGACAUCAUCACCCGGGAGAACGUGCCUGGCGACCGCAUGUUCUUCAUCGACCACGGCCAAGUGCUGGAGGAGAACAACUCCUUCCAGAGGGAACUGUGUGACGGCGACUUCUUUGGAGAGGCAUGUGUGCUGACCAGAGGCAAACAUCUGGCCACGGGGAAGGCGCUGACCUACUGCCAGUGCUUCAGUCUGUCCUGCGACGACUUUCAGGAGGUGCUGCAGGGCUUUCCAGAUGUCAGGAAAGACUUGGAGGAAAUGGUGGAGCUCCAAUAUUCAGGAGGAGGACUUGUGUGAGGAGACUGGCCAGGAACGAGACUGCAGCUCAGCAACAACAUGAACAAUUACUCAAUAGCUAUCAUUUGACGUAUCUACUGUACCCAAGAGUCUUCUGAUCCAUUAUUUACCAGCAAUAAUCAAUAAAGUACC